AUGAAUGUGUAUGUGGUAGCAUAUCCACCCACUCUGCUGUAUUUAGUAAUGCACGAGUCUCCUGGUAAAAUUGUAGUAUACAAAGCCACGACAUUGUUUGAAUAUUGUCUGAGCAGUGAUCCAAACAGGCCAUGCUAUGUUCUUCGUUUUAAAGAAAUAACACUGAUGUUAGACUGUGGUUUGGCAACACAGACAGUGCUGAACUUCUUGCCCUUGCCAUUAGUUCCUAGUACAAGAUUAAACAACUUGCCAGGAUGGAUGCCACGUGAUAUUUCAGACCCACAGCUGGAAGGUGAACUCAAGGAAUGUUGUGGCCGAGUAUUUGUGGAUUCUGCCCCAGAGUUCUUCCCACCUCAACCUAAAAUAAUUGACUUCUCAGAAGUUGAUGUCAUCUUAAUAUCCAACUACCUUUGUAUGCUGGCUCUGCCCUUUAUCACAGAAGGCACAGGAUUUGCAGGUGUGGUUUAUGCCACGGAACCUACUCUUCAGAUUGGAAGACUUUUCUUGGAAGAACUGGUCCAGCACAUAGAGCAGACACCAAAAGCGACACUGGCCAGUCAUUGGAAGGAACAUCUGCACGUAUUGCCACCACCAUUGUGUGACAGUCAGAAACCUCGCAGCUGGAAGCAUAUCUAUAACAUGCGUGCUGUGAACAGUAGUCUUGCUAGGAUUCAGAUGGUUGGUUAUAAUGAGAAACUCGAUGUCUAUGGAGCUGUGGGUGUAAUGGCAGUUAGCUCUGGAUACUGUCUUGGUUCUAGCAAUUGGGUCAUUUCCUCUCACUAUGAAAAGAUCACGUAUGUUAGUGGCUCCUCUACGUUGACAACCCACCCACGGCCCAUGGAUCAGACAGCUCUGAAGAAUGCCAAUGUGCUUAUUCUCACUGGUCUGACACAGACUCCAACUGCAAACCCUGAUUCCAUGCUGGGAGAAUUGUGCAUGACUGUGGCCACAACACUGAGGUGUGGUGGUAAUGUUCUCAUUCCUUGCUACCCAUCUGGAGUUGUCUAUGACUUAUUCGAGUGCCUCUCCAGCCACCUUGAUAACUCAGGGAUGACAACAAUACCCAUGUUCUUCAUAUCGCCUGUGGCAGACACAUCACUUGCAUAUUCAAACAUCUUGGCAGAAUGGUUGUCAACAGCAAAGCAGAACAAAGUGUACCUACCUGAAGAACCAUUUCCUCAUGCUUUUCUGGUGCGUAAUGGUCGCUUGAAGCAUUUCAAACACAUCUAUACAGAAGGUUUUAGCACUGAUUAUCGCCAGCCCUGUGUGGUUUUCUGCGGUCACCCAAGUCUUAGGUUUGGAGAUGCUGUUCACUUUGUGGAGUUGUGGGGGUCCAAUGUUCUAAACACUGUUGUCUUCACAGAACCAGAUUUUCCCUACCUGGAAGCACUGGCCCCAUUCCAACCUCUAUCAAUGAAGGCAGUACACUGCCCUAUUGACACUAGUCUCAACUUCACACAGGCCAACAAAUUGAUCCGGGACCUCAAGCCUGGCACACUUGUUUUGCCUGAAUCAUACACCCAACCUCCUGUGACAGCACCCCAUCGAAUUGACCUGGUAGUGGAAACAGACCGACCAAUUAUAUCAUUCAAGCGAGACGAGGUUCUUACACUGCCUCUCAAGAGAAAGCAAGGAAGAGUUGAACUAAGUCCAGAGUUGGCCGAGUUCCUCUUGCCAAAUGAAGUGCGGACUGGAGUUUCAUUGUCCACGCUCACUGGGAGCCUUCAGGUCAAGGACAACAAGCACACCCUCAAGGUUUUAGAAGAAGGAGAGCCAAAAGCUGUUAGCACAGUAGGUAAGAAACGAAUUCGGCUUGUGGAAGAUAUUUUGAAUAAGAAACCAAGUAAUUACACAUGGGGAUCACUGGAUAUUGAUGAAUUCAUCCAGAAGAUUACCCAGGAAGGAAUUACUGAUGCCAAGGUUGAACAGGUUGCCAGUGGCUACAUAAUUCAUUUGCAAAAUGAAGACACACUGAUUCAGGUGGAAGACUCAUCAACACACAUUUUCUGUGAGGGUGAUGAACAACUCCGUCUUCGGCUGCGCAACAUUCUCCUCCAGUGCCUCAAUAAGUUCUGA